UGACAGGCUGUGGUAUAUCUUUGGUUUAGUUAUAAAAAAAUCUUUGCCCUCCCUGCCACCACACACCUUUUAUGUAGAUUACAACGUCAUCACUUGACUUCAGCAGCACAGAUUCGACGGACCAGACUGCAGUGCAGAGCGAAGGCGAUUCAAAAGGAAGGAACGUUAGUUGAACACAAACUGAAAGAUUAUUCAGUGUAUGCCAAAGAUGGUCAGACCUCACUCCGGACCUCCUCGGUUCAAGCCCAGGCCCUACUCGGAUGGCUACAACAACAUGCCACAUGAAGAGCAUUACAGCCCCCACCCCAGGAGUCAGAGAGGAUUCCGGGGCCACCCAGGAAAAGCCCCUCCAAGCUGGAGAGAUUCCAGAGGCAGAGGACGCGCUCACUUUGCCAAAAGGCCCACACUGGUGGGAGAACGGCGGGAGCAACAAUUCACUCAGUGGAGGUCCCAAAACCAGGAUUCCUUCAACACAUACCCCUCUCAAUCGGAGCCCCAUCAUGGCCACAGGAGGCCAUCCCCAUCCAGGCCAAACCGCCCCCCCCAAGCCAAGCAUAGGUCCUCCCCACACAGUCCUGCACAGGGGCAACAGGGCCAGAGGGGAGCACCUAUCCAUGGACAACACCCAGGUCACAGAUCACCGUCACCACACCAUUACCAUAGCCAACCCCCUGACAGGAGGCUGCCACCCUCACCAUCCCCCCACAGUUCCUUCAGGGGCCCCCACAAGCGCCCAGAUCCUUCCCACGAAGAGGACAGGAGCUGGGGUGCCCGGCCGCAUCAUAGCCCCAGGGAGAGGCUGUUUGAGCGCCCAGGUCGUGGGGGGAAGCGCUGGAAUGGGCCAGGGUCCUUUCCCCACCAACACAAUAGUGAACGUGGGCCUUCUGGCACCACGCAGAGAAAGCCACGGGAGUUUCAUGGCAGACGUCCAUAUCCAGAGAGGUGGUCUGCUGAGCGAGAUCCCAGGCAGCAGCAUGGAGUGGUGGGAAGGGAGAGGGAGGGCAGCGGACGCCACAGCGUUGAGUGGGCACAGGAAGGCAGCCCUCACUACCCUCCCCACAGAUCCCCUGCAUGGAAAGGAGGUCCGUCGUCUUCCUCUUUCUACCAGAACAGCCCGCAGGAAAGGCCAAGUGGACCACCACACAAGCGGAAUUUCCAGGAGCGCAGGAUGCCUCCUACAGGCCCUGGUCUGGAGCAUGGUCAUCCAAAGUUCCCUCGGAGAGAGAUCCCACAAUACUUCUCUAGGGCAUUUGGCGGCCGUCCCUUGUCUCUCAGGGACAAGAGUCGCUUGCUGAAGGGGCGUAAAAUUAGAGCAGAGUCGGUGAUGAGGCUCAAAGCACCUCCACCUCGACCCAGAGGAGCAGAUAUCAAGAACCAGGAAGAGGAAGGUCCGCAUACGUCCAGAGGAAAUGCACGAUCCAAGUUUGCUCUUCGGAAGGAGCGUUUCCAAGCAAAGGCUGGCCCAUUGAGGAAGAGGCCUAUACCUCAUCAGUCACCAGCCAAUUCAACCAAGUCUUCCAGGGACUCUGAGUCACACAAGGAACAUUUGGACUCUCACCGCGCCUUGAGCACACACAGCUCUUCCUCUAUAGACCGACGGUUGGCUCGUGACCUAGUCGUUGUGUCCCAGUGGCAAGCGCCUGGGAUAAACUCCAGCUCAAGGGACAGUCCCCCAAGGGAUAGAAGUAGAACACCAAAUAACAAAACAGAGCCCUAUUACAAUUCAGAUGAACAACUUACGCUGAAUGAACGCUUCUCUAAAAUUCAUGACUCCAGUCCCUCCCCUUCUCCAAGAGACUGGAGAUAUGCAGAAAGGCAAACGGACAUGCCACAGGAGAACCACACACCUGAAAGACCCUUCAGGAAACCAGGACCACCACAGAGACCCAGCUUCCGUCCCAGCAGCCCAAAUCAUAAACCAGGUCCUCCUCCCCAGAGAAAGCCAGGCCCUGAACUGCCCGGUCCCUUUAGGAAGCCACUCAUGGGAGGCUUUGUGCCAAGUCCCUUCUCUCAGAGGCAAGUGUUCAGGAAAAGCCAGAGCAUCCUGUCAAAAUACCGCAACAUGCCGACGAUGCGUCAACGCGUACCUCCUAACAGAGGGUCUAAUUACCGCCGCUGGUGACUGACUGCACAAAUCAGGGUUACACGCCCUCCCCCCUGGCCUUGUGCUUUGGGUUGCUUCUUUCUCUUGGAGAUGGUCCCCUGAUAGAACUCUCCCUGUGCCAACAGGAGUCCAUCAGAAAAAGCCAGAUACACUAAAUGUUUAUUUUUAUUACAUAAUGUUUUAAAUAUAUACAAUAGGCAAUCAGUUUCUAUUCUUCCUGACCGUAGUUAUUAUGGACAUUGUAUUGUGAUUUCACAUCUGUGUUACAGCUCUCAUCACAUAUAGUUUCCAGCACCCCUUUAUCCCAAAUGCUUAGAGUUUUGUAUUGUUUUUACUGUAAAGUAGACUAAAAGAGUAUUCCACAGGGGCUGUUGAACAUGAUGCUCUGUGUCAAAUGUGUGUGUGAUCAAGUUUUUAUGAUUCUCAACCUGUAAAAACUACAGAUGCCCCCUGCAUGUCCUGCUCAUUUGAACAUUUGUUUUAAGCUAUUUCAAAUAAAUGGCUGGACAUGC